UAGUGCUAGCGCCAUCUGCGGCGAUUAUCAUAUAGUCAACAUUUGGAAACAUGGCGAAGCAUCAUCCAGAUUUAAUUUUCUGUCGCAAGCAGCCUGGUGUUGCUAUUGGUAGACUGUGCGAGAAGUGCGAUGGAAAGUGUGUAAUCUGUGAUUCCUACGUGAGACCAUGUACAUUGGUGAGGAUAUGUGAUGAAUGCAACUACGGCUCGUACCAAGGCAGAUGCGUGAUCUGCGGAGGUCCUGGAGUGUCUGAUGCGUAUUACUGUAAAGAAUGUACAAUACAGGAGAAAGACAGAGAUGGCUGUCCCAAGAUUGUAAACCUCGGAAGCUCCAAGACAGAUCUGUUCUAUGAAAGGAAGAAAUAUGGAUUCAAAAAGAGAUGAUGAUAGCAUAGGAGCAUUUGUAAAUACUGUAGUCUUGUAGUUCUGUUGUCAUUUUCAUUCUAAUAUGUAUGUGUAUAGGGGGUGUAAUAAAAAAAAACAAAGAGUAAAGGGUAAUUAUGUUGUGUACAUAUCCACCUUGUUAGGUGCUCCUAUAUUACCCCGGCUAAGCUUGUCUGCCGAUUCCAGUGCAUAAAGCUAUUUGAGGAAUUAUUUCCUGCUGGUACCUAUUCAUCUCACCUGGGUUGAGUGCAGCCGCACAUUGUUGAUCAAUUCAUUUAUGAAGGGUAUUAUAUACCAUAUAUCACUCUCACAAAACAAUUGUAAAUCUGAAUAAAGCAACAAGACAUUCACCUCUGUGUUUUUUUUAAUGCUUGAGAUUUGGAAAUCUUUGUAAUCUGGUAAUAAACAUGUGUAUUGAUUAUUGCACAAUACAUGUACUUCUUCUUGUAUGCACUUUCUUUAAACAGGUAACAGCCUGCAUGUGAGUUGACCUUUGUAAGUCAAAUAAUCGUCUAAAUUGAAGCAAUUUUUUUUCAGACAAGAUUAUUCUUCAUACCUGUUGUCGAAUUCCUCCCCAAAUUUAACAGAUUCCUGUGGUUCCAAAAUGUUCAACUUUGGCAGAGUUUUCUGUAGUGGGUAGAAUAAGUAAGGACGAUUGAGAUGAUACAUGCACAGUCUCUUACAUUUAUUUAAAAGUUAACCUUUCAGCUCCUUGAAGAUACAUGUACCGUAUAUUCAAGAGUUGAGAAACUGUUCAUCUCAGUCUUGGAAUUCAUCAAUGCUGCCCUCUCUAGGCAAUCUAGUGAACAUGAUAUUAAUGAAAUAUGCAUUUUCUUCUGAUGGAUUAUUCACAGAGAGUAUGGACUGUUAAGAUUAUGGAAUGCCAAAAAGAUUAUGGAAUGCCAAAAAUGUCAACAUUUUGUUUACAUUCUCUGUUUCUUGUGUUUUCUUUGUUCAUUUCUCAUGCUUUUAAUGGUGUAUAAAUCAUUUUCAGUGUAAAGACAGUUUUGAACAAUUUGAGUGUCAAACGAGCUUAUAAAUUGAACCUGUACUGUUACAGAUUUGUGUCACUUAGCUAUCCACAGUUAAACCGCAAUUUUAUACCUGUUUGAAUUAAAUUAGAGUCCAGAAUGCGGACCACAGAGACUAUAAUGAAGUUAAUCCUAGUAGUGAGUAAAGAUGUAUAUCCUUGAGCAAUCUCAUAUUGUUACCUUGUAAGACUGAAAUGCCCAGAAGAACUACCAUUUUUUUUUUACAGAAACAGAAAUUCUAUGAUAGUGUGAUAUAGUUGGAGUUUUUUUUAAUGGCUGAGACACACUUCGAGUUUUAUGGCAGGAUAGUCUCUAAUUAGGAAGGAAUGUAUUUAUUGGUUUGUUUGGCUAAUUAGACCAAGUGAUUAGUAGGUGACCUGGUUAUAGAUGACCUAGUUCUAGAUGUAGUAUGAGACCAUCUGAGAAGAAACGAAUGGCAAGUAGAUUGUGUAGACGAACUACUUGUAGACCAAUAAGCAAUUUACCUUGUGACUUAAAACAGCA